GAGGGACAGCAGAGCAGGAGACAUGAAGGGUUGCUCCAAAGGAGGCCGCUGCAGAGGGCGGACUCUGGCCCGAAAGAUGGGGCGGGCAUACAGGAACUCCCGGAAAAGGCGGGACCUUGAGCGGGGAGGCACUUAAGGAGAUCAAGACCCAGGAUUGAGAAACCCCGGACUGGGAACCUCCAGGGUCAGGGUUUAACGAGAAGGGCGUGGCCGCCGAGCUCUAAUCUCCAAGCCUUGUCCCCCGAGCUCUCCCCUCGGAUGUCCGACCGCCCAGAGCCUGCAUGCGCCGUGGGGCGCCCCAGGACCUGGAGCUGGUGGGGCCGGGGGCUCCUGGGCCGGGGUCCCGGGGCGCCCCUCCUCCCUUGGGAUCCGUCGUCCCGGUACUCGUCUUUCCCCCGGAUCUAGUAUUCAGGGCGGACCAAAGGAGCGGACCCCGACAGCUGCUAACCCUCUAUAACCCCACGGGAACUGCGCUUCGCUUCCGAGUUCUGUGCACAGCACCUGCCAAAUACACGGUGUUUGACGCAGAAGGAUAUGUAAAACCUCAGUCCUGCAUUGACAUUGUGAUUCGCCACGUGGCCCCCAUUCCCAGUCACUAUGAUGUCCAGGACCGCUUCCGAAUUGAGCUGUCCCAGGAGGGGGCUGAGGGCCGAGUGGUGGGGCGCAAGGACCUCACCUCAGUUCUGCGGGGCCCAGCAUACCCCCUGGAGCUUCAGGGACAGCCUGUGCCAACAUCCCAGCCAGGGCCUCCAGCCUGGACAACACCACCCCCGGCCAGACACUUCCAAGAGAAUCCCCGUCAACAGCUGGCCAUCAGCUCCUUCGUCCUCUUCUUGCUGACCGGCAUUGUCUCUGUGGCCUUCCUGCUGCUCCCGCUCCAGGAUGAACUCGGCAGCCAGCUGCCUCAGGUCCUGCAUGUUUCCCUGGGACAAAAGUUGGUGGCAGCUUAUGUCUUAGGCCUCCUCACCAUGGUGUUCCUCCGGACCUGAGCGCCCCACUCAACCCCAUGCCACCUUCUCCUCCUAGGCUGGGACCUGAGGCAGCCACUGUGAUGCUAAUUCCUUGCCUCAACUGUUUUCUCCUUCCUGCCCAACCCUUAACAUUCCAUCCAUCAAAUACCCAGAGAUUUGUAUUCAUUUUCCAAU